AUCUUGGGAGGAGCUCUGCUGGGCACGUCGUUAUGGAUGUACCUGGACGGUGCCAGGAUGGCACCAGUGACGCAGGACAUUGAAGGCUACAACUAUGUGCUGUACUUCCUCAUGGCGGUGGGAGCUGUCAUGUUCAUCAUGGGCUUCCUGGGCUGUUGCGGUGCCUUCCAGGAGUCCCAGUGCAUGCUUGCCACGUUCUUUGCCUUGGUGUUCGUGCUGUUUAUUGGUCAGAUCGGCGCGGGUAUUUGGCUGAAGAGUAACGAGGAACGAUUCAAGAAACUUGCUGAAGAGUCGAUGGCCAAGGCUAUCCAACAUGAUUAUGGCUACAAUGACCUCAAGACACAGGCCUUCGAUGUUAUCCAGUCUGAGCUCCAAUGCUGUGGUUCAAUGGGACCUACUGACUGGGCCGAUGCUCGCUUCAAUGGUGCCAAUGAUGGUAAUGCAGUAGACAUUGGUAUUGCUGGUAAACUGGAUUCCUACAGCACGCCUGCUUCCUGCUGUAACACGGCUUAUGGUUCUGGCUGUGACGCAGCCAGAAAACUGCUCAUUUCAGCCACGGUCCCUAAGGCCAUCUACACCGACGGAUGUGCCAAGAAAAUGCUAAAACUGAUAGAGACCUACAGCUAUGAAUUGCUUGCUGUUGUUGGAGCCAUCCUGCUCAUCGAGGUCCUGGCCAUGAUCUUCUCAAUGGUCCUCUGCUGUACUGUCCGUCGCAUUGACCACGUCAAAGCCUAGGAGGAAAACAGUUCCCCAAUAUAUGACCUGGGGAUGGAGAGUGAAGAGGACGAUCCUACCGUCUAAGAAAAUAACCUUUCUUUUCCACCUUUUGCUUGAGAAAGUAUUUGAUGCAUAGUUAUGACUUUUCUUUCCAAAUCUAGUGCUUGAAAAAGUUUAGCUCAAUAGGGGAAGAAGCACUGUUAGAAUAUAUAAAUGCAUUUUACUGGAAGGUCGUGUGGUCUGAAUUACAUGUCACACUGGUAAAUAUAAAACAAAUGAAUUACACAGCUAUAUCUCAAAGCAAAUUUAAAUACAUAUUUACGUGACCACACGCCUGAAAGAAAUUAGAUUUUUUUCAUUUAAAAUUUGUACAUUAAUGCCAGAUACUAAAAAAAACAUUAAGUCGUUUGCACUUUACAGUACAUAUUCCCUUGUUAAGUUUAGCCAGUAUAAUUAUGGAAUAUACUGUACUGAAGACAGUAUAUUGAGAACAUAGGAAAUACAAUAGUUGUAGCUAAAGACUAAAACCUAUUUUUAUAUUUAACUGGAUUAAAUAAUUCAUUUACAAGGAGGAAUUUCUUAUGUAAGAGACAAUGGAGAGUUUUUAUGAUAUAAAUAUUUGAUAUCAAUUUAUAUGUAACACGGAGGCUCAGUUUCAUUAUUUUCAUGAUCUUUAUACGAAUAAUGUACAAUAUUGUGUUUAUUGAGACGUAAAUGAAACACAGGAAGUAGUGUCUCCUGAUAGUGUAAACUUCUAGUUAACUGCACAUUUUAUAAUGGGGAGUAGCAGGGUUUGAUGUAUAGGAAAGGUUCUAUCCUUGUAGUGUACGCUCUCUCUAGCGUGGUUAGUGUACACGAGGGCCCUAUGCAUGCAGCUCCUCGUCUCAGCAUUCCAUGUUUUUGUUGGCUUUCACUUUAGCCAUUGUUCAUUAUGUUUGGUGCUUUCACUGCUGCUCAGCUGUUAUCACCAUUUUAAUACAACAGUUGUGUAAGGGAAGAAUGACCAGUGCCAUAUUUACAGCUGUAUGAACGGGGCUCUCCUAGGAUGAUAUACAGCUCUAAAUAUGGUGCCAAUCACCUUUCCCUUAUACAACUGUUGUAUGAAAAUGGCGAUAAUAGUGGAGCAGUGGUAAAGGCACCAAACAUAGUAAACAGUGGCUCAAUUGAAAGCUAUCAGAAAUGUGGAACACUGAAAAGAGGUACUGUAUACACAUGGCCAACAUGUACAUGUGGCUUGUACAGCUGAAGUAUUACACCUAGGUGCAGUUCUCUUGGAGAUAACCAGUGCAGUUACACGUGAUUUUACUCAGUUUAGAAGAUGGUUAAGUUCAAACUAGCAUUUUGUUUUGUACUCAAAUAUUGACGAAAUGUGUGUAGGGAAUCACGGAUCACUCUGGCAAAUAGAAUAAACAUUUCAUGGAAUAUAUUGGUUGGUCGGCACACUUCCCGCCAGUGUUGCUAUCUCAGACUGGUCACACAAGAACCAAAGCUUUUAUAUAUUUCUCUCUCUCCCUUCUCUUUUGUUAGUCUUCAUCGUAAAUAUACCUCUGAGGACUUUUUUUUAAGUUAAGGUACCCAAGUGUGACUGAUAAAAGGAGUGGCAGUGUGUCAGUUAACCAGAUUUGAUGUUGUUGCAACUAUUAAAAUUCAUUGUAAAUAACAAAGGUUAAGGAUGCGCAUUGGUGCAUAUUGGCGACAAAAGUGAUUCGGCUUUUACCAGCAAAUGCAUUUUGCAAGGACACAUUGGCAGUGAAAAAAUAUAAAUUGCAUAUUUCACUUAAUA